AUCAUGUGUUCAGCCAUGUCCAAUCACAGCUGAUCAUUGAUCAUCAGGGCACUGAUCAUCAGUGCCUUGAUGAUCAGUGUAGCCCCAUCAGUGCCACCCGUCAGUGUCCAUAAUUGCCACCUGUCAGUGCCCAUCAAUGCCACAUACCAGUGCCCAUCAGGGCACAUCAAUGCCACAUAUCAGUGCACAUCAAUGCCACAUAUCAGUGCCCAUCAGAGCUGCCUUUCAGUGCUAUCAGUGCCAGUUAGUGCUGCCUAUCAGUGCCCAUCAGUGUCGCCAAUCAGUGCUGCUAGUCAG